AGGAGCAGAAGCUAAACAAUUACCCCUGCCCUUUUCCGAAAUUACUCCUUAAGCCACUAUAUCACGCAGUCCGCGUUGCGCAAGCUUUCAAACCUUUAUAAACUCACGUCCCCUGCACACCCGCCAAUUUCCUUCAUUUCUCCAAAAACAUUUCGAGAAACUUCAGCUCAAUUCUCCAAAUCUCUCUAUCUCUCCAUCAACUCUUAGUUCUCUCUACAGAAAUCAGGCAAACAAUGGUUGUGGCUCAGAAAGUGAAGGAAUCAGAAAUUACGGAGCAGGACUCACUCCUCCUAACAAGGAACCUGCUGCGCAUUGCUUUAUUCAACAUUACCUACGUCAGAGGCCUUUUUCCUGAGAAUUAUUUUAGUGAUAAAUCUGUUCCAGCUUUAGAGAUGAAAAUUAAGAAGCUCAUGCCCAUGGAUGCUGAAUCACGUCGACUGAUUGAUUGGAUGGAAAAAGGUGUUUAUGAUGCAUUGCAGAAGAAGUAUCUUAAAACACUCUUGUUCUGCGUGUGCGAAACAAUAGAUGGACCAAUGAUCGAGGAAUAUGCAUUUUCUUUCUGUUACUCAAACUCUGACAGCCAAGAAGUGUCAAUGAAUAUCAAUCGCAUUGGAACGAAGAAAGGAGGAACAUUCAAGUGUAACUCAACCACUGAAAUAACACCCAAUCAGAUGAGGAGUUCUGCUUGUAAAAUGGUCCGUACAUUGAUUCAGCUGAUGAGAACUUUGGAUAAGAUGCCAGAAGAGCGAACUAUACUGAUGAAGCUCCUUUAUUAUGACGAUGUUACUCCUGCUGAUUAUGAGCCUCCUUUCUUUAAAAGCUGCACUGAAGAGGAGGCUGUUAAUCCAUGGGCUAAAAGUCCUUUAAAAAUGGAGGUUGGCGAUGUCAACAGCAAGCACUUUGUAUUAGCUCUGAAGGUUAAGAGCGUGCUUGAUCCCUGUGAGGAUGAGAAUGACGAUGAUCAAGAUAAUAGUGUGAGCUUGGGAGCUGAUUCAUUUCCGGGAGAUGACAGUGAAUCUGAUAGUGAGUUCAGUCACUCUGACGAUGACCAAUACAUAGUUGCGCCAAUUGAGAAGCAAGAUGCUCAGGAUAAUGGUAAUAUGGCUGAUGAAGAUGAUACUCAGGAUCCAGCAGAAGAUGAACAACAAAUUGAUAGGUUAAAGGACUGGAUCAACUCAUACCACCUUGACAGAGUUGAAGUGACUGAUGUUCUCUCUCAUUUCCCAGACAUCUCAGUGGACUUGGUUGAAGAAAUUGUUGAAAAGCUUGUUAAGGAAGGCAUGCUUUCAAGUGUCGGCACAGACUGUUACAUCAUUAACAAGCAAAAGAAAUUCAACUAUGAGUUCGACAUUGUGAAAGAAGAAAUUGACGGCCAACAAUACCCCAAAAGCAGCCAAUUGCAGCAUGGCAAGAAUGAAGAUUACAUGUACAUGAAGGUGAGACUUUUCAUAUUUUCCAUUGCCCUGAUGAUAUCUAAGUGCGUGUGCUGUAUCCUUCUCCAAAUGUGUUUGAAGCUGCUUUUAUUAAAAGGUAGUCCUGAUAUAGAAAGUAGAAGUACUUUGGACUUCAAUUUGAUGGAGAUCAAAGGGCUCAAGGUGGUGUUGCGGAAGCCAAAU